UGCUGUUUUGUCGUACAAAGUUCACGAAUUGUCACUUGAUGCGUACACUUGACGUACGCGAGUUGCGAAUCGUCGUGAUUCAUUAAAAAUUGUUCUGUGCGGUGAUGGUCGAUUAAACGAAGCGAUGGGUCGCGAAUGUGACGUAUACGAUUCUGGACAGUGCUGAUUUCAGAUUGCAGAUUCUGCGAACCAUCUGUUUUCGGCAACGAGAAUCUGAAACGUGAUCGUGAACCUGGAUAACGUGAUCUGUAACUCGCGGUAUGCCUUCCAGGAGGAACAAAGGUGGCCUUUUGGCCAGAGUGAACUUUCCCCUUUAUACCCUGCAAAUGCUGACCAGCAGGCACAUCCUGGUGGGUGGUGGGGGUGGCUCUUCUAAAACUGGAGUUGCUAAUGGAUUUGAAAUUUUUGAAUUAUCGCACAACGGAACUCAUUUCAUUGCUGAAGAAGUAACCCGGCAUGAGACAGGUCCUAGUGUGGUCAUGAAUUGUGCUUCACACAACAAUGGCAAGAAGACGUGGAUAGUUGCUGGGCAGGAGAGUCAUUGUCAACUGUAUAGUGUCAAUUCUAAAGUGGUGACUUUAGAGAAUGGAGAAUUAAUCAAAGGAUCAGCCGCGGGGACCAGCAAGGAUGGUCUUAGACAUAGAAGAAACAGUGAGAAAGUCGAGGAAACUCAGUCACAAAACGAAAGGCUAGAGGAAAUCAAAGAUGACAAUUCUAAUAUUAAGAACAAGAAAUUGCAAUUAAUUCUUAAACCUGCUGAUAGUGUGCAGACAGCUUUCGGCAACGGUGAGCCUUUACAAAGAGUUGUUAGAGUAAGCUUGCAUGGGAUGAUUAUGGCCACAGGUGGCACAGACGGUAACAUUAGAUUAUGGAAGUUUCCACAACUGCACAAACUAUUUGAUCUCGAAGCUCAUGGAAAGGAAAUAGAUGAUCUGGACUUUAGUCCGGACAACAAUCUGCUAGUGAGCAUUGCUAAAGAUGGAAAGGCUUUCUUAUGGAACGUGAAUAACGGCAAGCGAGACAAAGAGCUCACUUGGACACCGCCGGAUGGUGUAAAGUACAUGUAUAAAAGGUGCCGGUUCAGAAAAUUAACGGAGGAUAAAACAAAGAUCGAUUUGUUUAUACUUUCGAAUGCUGUUGUGGCGAAGAAUCUGAGCUUUCUCCAGUUGUGGGAUGCUCACGUCGGGACCAUUGCCAAAUCCGCUCCCUACAAAGAGGCGCUAUCAGCCCUGGCCGUUUCUGACGACGGGAAAUUUGUAGCCGUCGGCACCAUGUUUUCGGGCAGCGUCGAUAUAUUUGUGGCGUUCAGUUUGAGAAAGGCGCUUCACGUUCCUGGAGCGCACAGCAUGUUUGUGACCGGCUUGGAAUUCUUACCAACGAAACUGGACGGUCCUGCAAUCACCAGUAACACGGAGACCGCGGUCGUCAGUAUCUCCGUCGACAACAGGAUCUGCAUACACAGUAUACCAUUUAGACAUACACUGCCAUUUUGGUUCGUCAUCAUACUGAUAGUCUUAUGCAUAAGCGGCGCAUUUAUGCUCUGCAGCUAUCUCGGCAUAUGACCCAGAAAAUGCGCGACCGAGAUGAUAAAGCAGGAUGUCUUCUCCUAAUAAUGUUAGAUUGAUAAUUGUUGGCGCGUAUAAGAGAUCAAAUUUAAACACAAAACCGAAAUUUAACGCACGACUUUACUUCAUACGAGUACUUCAUAUGUAAACGGUGAACGCUCAAGGACUUUACAUACGCAAAACGAAGUAGAAGUAUCCACGUAAAAGCGAGUGCACGGCAUUUUGUCGACACGUAAAUUGGCAUUAUGAUAACAGAAUGCACUGUAACUGUGAAUAUGCACAGCAUUAGUGUGAAACUAUUCCGGGAUUGUUUAGUGAUUAAGACCGUUCGCUGUCGAACGAUAGUUGAAUUCGUCGCUAUACACACAGGCAGAUCUUCAGGAAGCGACUUAGGUAUAGGCAUGACGCCAGUCAUAGGUGCUACUGUGAUAAAUAAACUAUGUUGCACCCAUAGAGUGCUUCCAACAGAUCGGUGCCGCACGACUAGCACAUUGAUGUACAUAAAUGUUUUAUCAAUUUUUAGCGCAAUAGAAAGAAUUUAUCAGACGCGACUUUCUGUCGCGAUUGUUCUGUUUCGGUAUGAACACGCUUAAAUGGUUUCGUUUACGGCGGUUUGAGAUGUAUGUUUCUCGUACAGCAGAUUGUUCCCCCCCUUUUUUUUCUAUAAUCAUCUGAUUAUCUCGUAACGCAUUGCAUUUAUGUACUACUAAUUUCUAUGCUUUUCCUGGGUAGCUACUAUGUUCCCAUCGGAAACGUUUCCGAUCAGAUUAAUUCUGUCUUUGCCAGUCCAUUAUCGACAUUUGGAUGGAAAUUUCAAAAACGAUCAAUAUAAUUUCGACACUUUGCGAGCGAGCGGAAAGUCGAUUCGUAUUGAAAUUAAUAUUGACAUUCACGUGUUCAAGUAAUCUUACUUUUAAUUUCUUCAAUAAUUUGUAAAAAAAUGACUUAAAAUGAAUUUUAUAUCACAAUACUUAAACUUUAAUGAAGUUGUUACAGUGACAAGUAUAAAAUAUUCGUAAUUUUUGUACUAUAAUUAUAUAUAUUAUUUUGUGUGUUUAUUUAUUGUAAGUAAAUUCCGAUUCUAUGCCGGUUUUAAAGAGACCUAUUUAUAACAGCUUAAAGACACGGAAUCGCGAUCGGAAAUUCAAGUUUCCGAUCAGAAUUGUAAGGGUUACAUAAUAGCUUCCCUCUGGUUAUAUAUUUCCGAUCGUGCUUUCUUUGCGAGACAUGACAAAUGCUGAAAUAAAUAUUUGUAUCGAUCGACGUUAUAUGAUUAGCAGGAAGGUAUUGCUGCAUUUCACGCGAAUCGUGCUCAUAGAUAUUAUUAUUUAUUUAGAUUUUCUAUAAACAUAUGAGAGUUCCAAUUUUUUGUUAUUUAUUUUACCACGUAAAAUAUUCUGUUUGUAUUAUAAAAUUUCGCUUGAUAAUAUUAAAAUUUAUUCAAAUAUGUGUAUGGAAUUUUGUGCGCAGAAAUCGUGCAAUUUCUAAGCGUCGACCAUUUAAUCGAUAAUAAAUACAUAAUUACAUAAUGAUAUAAUCGUUAUCUCAUGAGUAUUCUUGCCUUUUUCAGAGAGAGAUCUCAGAGUUUGCCAAACACGUACAAGAGAUAAGUGUGAAACAACACGUGUGUCUUGCUAAAACAAUAAAAUUGAUCAUGGCCUU